AUGUUCCAAAAUGGACCUUGGGUAGUCACUCAACAUUACCUAGUAGUUCAACGAUGGAGACCCCUUUUUGAUCCAUAUAAGGAAGAGGUGAGGAAGCUAGCCAUCUGGUUGAGGAUUCCGAGUCUUCCCAUAGAGCUAUAUUCUACACAACACCUAUGGAAAAUCGGAAACCUCUUUGGAAGGAUGCUGAAAAUCGACAGAAGCUCUCUGAGAAAAAAUGAGAUAGGGGAAGGGGAGAUAACGGAGAAGGUGCGUUUCGCGCGUAUAUGUGUGGAAGUAGAUAUGAGAAUGAGCUUCCUCUCCAAGUUCAACAUAAGAGGAAAUUUUUUCCAAAUAGGGUAUGAGGGCUUACACUUGAUCUGCUUCGAUUGUGGUAUGUAUGGCCAUCGUAAAGACCAAUGUAUGCACUCUACUGCUAAAGCGCAGCAACCGAAGGACAAGCCAAAAACUGGUCCAAGCCAAAAUCCCAGCCAUACCCAGCAUGCCCACAACGUGGACGAGGAGCCUAUUGCUUUUGGGGAGUGGAGGGUGAUUAAGAAAAAUACCAAAUCCAGACGUCUGAAAGCUGUUCCCGAAUCCUUGUCCGUCGAGGAAGACAAACCAGCUCCGGCAACGGUGGUGAGGAGAAACUCCAUCCAUCGAAGCAAGGACCCUCAUACUAGGAAACAGGAGGUGGGAAUCAGAGUAUCACAGGGCACAGGUAAUGCCAAUUUGGUGCAACAUGUGGUAAAGCAUCAACCUGACAAGCCUAUAGCUCAGCUGGAGGCUGCAACUUUGUCUCUUUUUAUUUCUCCAAAAGAGAAAAAAGUAGAAAGCACUACUUCAGGUCCUAAGGUCAAACACAAGCAACCUAGGAGGGCGCCAAAGCCGUAUGCUUCACCUCAGGUGUCAGGCUCAAGACGCAGCAGUACUACAGACAAAAAACCCUUUGUAGGGGGAUCUGUUUUGCCUCCAACCGUAACAGCUGCAGAGGAUACGAGGAUGCUACUUGACCCAACAGAAAAGGCUGCCAUGAUUGAAAAGGAAAAAGAUAUCCUUAAUAUAAUGAAGUUAAUGUCAUUUGAGCAAGAUAGCCAACUUCUGAAUAGAACCCUAGAGGUGAUGGGUAGAGGUGUUAAUAAAAAAGGUUUUGCUAGCCUAAUUCUUGAUCUUAAGUAUAGGUUCAGGAUUAAGCGGCAAGAGGCAGUUGGGUUUUCUGGGGGCAUUUGGGUUCUUUGGGAUGAGGUUGACACCUCCAUCCAAAUCCUUCACUCUCAGCACCAACUGGUGCAUGUUAAAGUCAGAUACAAGGCUUCCACAAUGGAAGAGAUGGCCACAUUCAUUUAUGCGAGCCCCAGCAGAUUGGAUAGGAAAAAGCUAAGGGAUGAUCUCUGCAACAUUGCUUCCACUAUUUCUUUUGAAUCCUGGAUGAUCCUUGGUGACUUCAAUGCCAUGCUGCUACCGAGACCCGAGUUCACUUGGAAGACGAAUAACCUACCGGAGAGACUUGAUAGAGUUUGUGUGAAUGAGAGGUGGAACAUUACCUGGCCUGAUAAGGAAGCUGUUGAUCUUCCAUACUACUCUUCUGACCAUCGCCCUAUAAUCCUUGGGAACCCCAGCACCACAAACCAGGAUGGCAGCAAAUCGUUCAGGUUCUUGGCCUCGUGGUUAACUGAUGAUAGCUUUGACGGCGUUGUGGCUAGAAGAAGGAAUAAAAUCACUACCAUCAAGAAUGAUGAUGGGACUUGGCUCUCUAAUCCUCAAGCCAUCAUUGAUUAUACAAUGGAUUAUUUCUCUAAGCUGUACUCAUCCGAGGAUAGUGACCUUGAUGAGUUUCCCAUCAGAGGAGCCUUCAAUAAGCCUAACAUGGAAGAACAUAAAGUGAAGGAGAUCAACCAAACCCUUAUUGUGUUGAUCCCGAAAGUAGACAACCCGGAGAACCUUAACCAGAUGCGGCCCAUCAGUCUUUGUAAUGUGUCCUACAAGAUCAUCACGAAACUGAUUGCCAGUCGUCUCAAGCAGCACAUGCAGAAUGGAUCUCCCCCAACCAGUGCAGCUUCGUUGCAGGCAGAAAUGGUAAUGACAAUGUCAUUAUAG